AUGCUAGAAGGUGAUGGUCGUUGUACCUAUGAAAGUGGGGAUUUAUCUUAUUCUCAAGACGAUGUUAUUUUAAAGUCGCCAGGCUCUCAAAGUCUUCAACGAUAUGUAUCUGCUCCAGAAUUUGAUUUUCGUAAAGCCACCUCUGCACAUUUGGGUCCUAAUCCGGUCCUUAUCGAUUCUGGGUUAAAUUUAUCGCCUUCUACCUCAGUGAAUAGUUUCUUUCCAUCGACGACUUUUCUUCACGCGUAUGACAGACCAAGUGAACUUCCUAAAAAAGAUCCUCAUGAAGCAAGGCGACAUCAAGUUGAAUGUGAUAAAAUUAUGCAGAACAUAACUAAGAAACAUCGGGAAAAUCUGGUGCGGAUUCGAGCGGAACAUGAGAAGCGUAAUGCUGAUGCCGAAAAGGCAGAAAAUCGACUUAAUUAUUGGCGUGACGAGGUUAUUCCUAACUGGGAUACCGCACUCCAAAGCAAAACACUUCAUACUGACUGGUGGUAUGGCAUUCCUUCUUCACUUCGAUGUCAGGUCUGGCAUAUGAUAAUCGGCAACCCUCUGGGCAUAACUCGAGAGCUCUUCGAGGGCUGUCUAUCUCAAAGCCAACACACAAUUCGUCGUCUGGACAGAGAGCGUCUUUUAAAUGAAGGCUACGAUCUCUCUCCUCCUUCCUCCCAUUCACCCUCGAGCACAAAAUACGCCACUCUCCCAACUCUUCCUCUUUCACGGAUUUCCCGUAUCAACUCUUUGCCGAAUGAAAGAGACGGAGAGGAUGAGUCGUCGGGUAAUGGGGAAAUAGACAAUUCAAUCUUGUCUCCUCGUUCACGGCCGUUGCUGCGGCAAGUCAGUUUCAACUUUACCGGGGUAGAGACACCGACGAUACCGAGAAAAGUUCUAACUGCUCCUCCUACGCCUCUUUCUCCUCCACCCUCGUUGUCGAUUUCGGGAGAUCUCUCUUCCAGUUAG